AUGAAGAUUCUCUGCUUAGUGUUUAUCUUUGCAAUUGGAGCUCUUGCCCAUGGUAGCGGACUUGAAUUUUAUAAGCAGGCUGCUCCAUUGUAUGGUUGCAACUAUAUAAUAAGCUAUACUGGUUAUCAUUUUUGUCCACCUACUGACAAGACGUGUUUGUGUACCAAUGAAAACUCAGUUGCUACCAUUGCAGGAUGUCUCGCUAACACGAAUAGUAACACUACAUAUGUAGUUGAUCACUUUGUCCCUGAAUACUGUCACGAAUAUUACUUAACUGAAUUGGAACCAGAUUGGUAUAAUAAGGCGUUAGAAUACUUCAACAAGAAUGCCAGGAACGCUUCUGAGGUAGAAGCUACUGAAACCCCCAUUGAUUUCCCAAUUAGGUUUGAGCAAGCAGAACUAGAAAGAUACCAAGCUACUUCUAUCAACUAUUUCAAUAACCGUGAUGAUUCGAUUUGGUACGGAGUAGCCUUAUUUGGAUUUUGGUUAGUUGUCUUAAUUAUCGCUGCUGUUAGCCAUUGGUCUAAAAUUUUAUUCCCUGGUUUCAUUAAGAAAAUGACUGGUCCUAUUUCCAACUUUUGGAGAAAAUACAUUUCUGCUCCAGCACUAUUAGGUAAAAGAAAAGCUCAAUUCAUGCCUGGGUUUAAAGUUCUCGAUAGCUUGAUCCCUUCUAGAUACGAAUCGAUUGUGGUUGCUUUAUUUUAUAUCGUUACCAUAAUUACCCAAUCAAUUAAUUUGAAAGCAAUUGAAAAUGAUCCUGUCUACGGAACAAAAUAUGCAGCAGAGAUGAGAUAUGUUGGUGAUAGGACGGGUAUUGUGGGAACUAUUAUUAUGCCAUUGGUGAUGUUAUUUGCUGGUCGCAAUAACUUCUUACAAUGGUUGUGUGGGAUCAAUUAUGCAACAUUCCUUUGCUAUCAUCGUCAUAUCGCAAGAGUUAUGUUUAUGUUAGUUGUGGUCCAUUCAGUAACUUAUUCUAUCUUUGAAGAAGAAUAUUAUUAUUCUGACUUCAAACAACCUUGGUUUUACUGGGGUGUCAUUGCUACUACAAUUGGAGGAUUCAUGUUAAUCCAAAGUAUUCUUUACCUCAGAAGAUACUGGUACGAAAUGUUUUUAUUCAUACAUAUUGUUUUUGCUGCUGUAUAUAUUGCAGGUACUUGGAUACAUAUUGUUAAUUUGGGAUAUGGUAUUAUUUUAUAUCCAAGUGUGGCUGUUUGGUGUUUUGACAGGUUGGUAAGAUUGUGUCGAUUAACCUACUUUGGAUUCCCUGAACUGACUCUCACAUUGGUAGGCAAUGAAACAAUCAAGGUGACCAUUCCCAAACCUAGGUAUUGGUCUCCAAUUCCUGGAGGGCAUGCAUUCAUUCACUUUAUCAAACCAACUUAUUUCUGGCAAUCACACCCAUUCACAUUCACAAGUUCAGCCGAAGAAAACAAUAUUGUCAUGUAUAUUAAGCUUAAGGGUGGUGUAACUCACAGCUUAUACAAAUUAUUGAAUAAGUCCCCAGGUAAGACUAUGAUUAUGAGAGUCGGUGUUGAAGGUCCUUACGGUGAGGCUACACCAGCAAAAUAUUCUGACAAGGCUGUUUUCAUCGCUGGUGGUAAUGGGAUCCCUGGUAUUUAUUCAGAGAUCUAUGAUAUUGGUUUAAGAGCACCAAAGGCAAGUAAGCAGGUAUUAAAAUUGAUUUGGGUUAUUAGAGAUUACGCCUCUAUUUCUUGGUUCCACGAAGAGCUUAAAACCUUGCAAAAUACCAACAUAGACAUCACCAUUUAUGUUACUAGACCUUCUAACUUCAGUAAAAUUGAAGAAUCAAAUAGUUCAAAGGAAGGAUCUAUCAAAUCUUCUGAAUUGGUCAAUUCAUAUGAAAGUGUGGAUGUAAUUGAACAAUUGAAAGAAUUGUCUCACAUUCAUUUCAAAGAAGGUAGACCAAAUCUUGAGCAAUUGGUUCAAGACGAAGUUAAGGAUUCUCCAGGAUCGAUUGCUUUUGUUGUUUGUGGACAUCCAAUCAUGGUAGAUGAAGUUCGUUACCAAUGUGUCAAGAACAUUGGAAACCCAGAAAAGAAAAGAGUUGAUUUCUACGAACAACUUCAAGUUUGGGCUUAGAUUCGUAAAUAUAUGUAUUGCCAAUUUGACUCCCCUAGAUUUAUUAAUUUUACAUCCUGUGAAUUUAUAUUUAAUUAGAAUUUCGAUAAUAUAAAUUAGUGU